GGAAACCAGCUGAGCGAAAGGGUAGAGGAGACAAGAUGGCGGAGUGAGUGGGCUGCGCUUUGUACAGACGGUGGCGGCCCUCGAAGUUUGUCAAAAACUACCAAAAGGAACUGAAAAGAUAGAAAGGCAACGAGACCAGUGGAGGUGUGAUUAAAAAGCCAACUUGCCUCCAGUACAGAGGAGGACCGGAUAUUUCUUCCGCGGCGGUCUUGUCGACAGCGUUAGCUUGAUGCUAACACCACCCAGCGUUAGAUUCGAAUAGGCUGCUACUUCUGGGGUAGCUGGCUGGCCGCUGUAGGCCGUAGCUUUCGUCGGAUUCAGUUUUGAUGUUUAUUCAGUGACACUACAACGGGAUCCGGCGUUCCUCGGAGGGUGAUUUAUUUUAACGCAGAUCCUUAGACGGUAGACUACGAGUAAAGGGAACAAUACCUGGGGAAAUAUAUUUGUCCAACUUGUUUGGUCCGAUUGUUGUCGAUAAGAGCCUUGCGAACAGCGGUCCAUCGACGUUAAGUGGACAUUUAGGACCCCGUAUGCUGUGUUGACAAUCGGGACAGACGACCACACAGAAUUUCCUACAGUGAAUCGGGUGGACAUCGUCAUUUGGUGGAUAUUAUGGCGAGCAGCAGUGGCUCCAAAGCCGAGUUCAUAGUCGGUGGGAAAUACAAGCUUGUUAGAAAAAUCGGAUCGGGAUCCUUUGGCGACAUAUAUCUAGCCAUCAACAUCACAAAUGGAGAGGAGGUAGCUGUAAAACUGGAGUCGCAGAAAGCCAGACAUCCUCAGUUGUUAUACGAAAGCAAGCUGUACAAAAUCCUACAAGGUGGUGUCGGGAUCCCACACAUCAGAUGGUAUGGCCAAGAGAAGGACUACAACGUCCUAGUCAUGGACCUGCUUGGACCCAGUUUGGAGGAUCUCUUCAACUUCUGUUCUCGUCGCUUUACCAUGAAGACAGUCCUCAUGCUGGCAGAUCAGAUGAUCAGCAGAAUUGAGUAUGUACACACAAAGAACUUCAUCCACAGAGACAUCAAACCAGACAACUUUCUCAUGGGCAUUGGCCGUCAUUGUAAUAAGUGUUUAGACUCGUCAGUGGGGAAGAGGAAAAGAAGCUUGGCUGUUAGCUCUUCUCAGGACCCAUCUUUCUCAGGAUUAAACCAGUUGUUCCUUAUCGACUUUGGGUUGGCAAAGAAAUACCGAGACAACCGAACACGACAGCACAUCCCUUACAGAGAAGACAAAAACCUGACUGGCACUGCACGUUAUGCCUCCAUCAAUGCUCAUCUGGGCAUUGAACAGAGUCGCCGUGAUGACAUGGAAUCACUAGGCUAUGUGCUGAUGUACUUCAACAGAACCAGUCUGCCAUGGCAGGGAUUAAAGGCUGCCACAAAGAAGCAGAAAUAUGAGAAGAUCUCAGAGAAGAAGAUGUCCACACCUGUUGAGGUCCUCUGUAAGGGAUUCCCAGCAGAGUUUGCCAUGUACCUGAACUACUGCCGUGGCUUGCGUUUUGAGGAGGCUCCCGACUACAUGUACCUGCGCCAACUGUUCCGCAUCCUUUUCAGGACUCUGAACCAUCAGUAUGACUACACAUUUGACUGGACCAUGCUGAAACAGAAAGCUGCCCAACAGGGGGCCUCCACCGGGGGCCAGGGCCAGCAGGCACAAACCCCCACAGGCAAGCAAACUGACAAACCCAAGCCUAACAUGAAAGUGAAUCUAACCUUGGGGUCAGAGCAGGUGGCUGCUGCUGCUGUUGCUGCUGCUUAUGUUGCUUUCUAAGUAAAAAGCUGGCUAAUCAAUGCGUUCUGUCAAAUUACUGAAACAUUAAAUUAAUAUGUGGAAAUCUGCAAUCUGUGAAUAAAUUACCAAUACAUGGCUUUUCAUCUGCAUACUCUGUAUGAGUAUAAUAAUGUUAUGGGAUUGACAUAGACACUCAUUAACACUCGUCUAGCUCGUUUUCCAAAGGAAGGAUAACACUGCAAAACAAAAGGCACCUUGUUUUGAUAAGGCUCAAUCAAUAGUUAACAAAUAACUGAGCAGCAUGUAUUUUAGAUGUAAACGUAAUCUAUUCAUGUAAGAUAAUGGGACAAAAAUAAAAUCAAUUUAAAUCAAAUAACUAAACAAAUCAAAUUAAACACAGAAAACUGAAAUUGUGACAUCCAAGCAUCAAACCAGCUUAUGUAUCACACAGAUCAUUUAUUUAUUCUAAUGCUUGUAAUGUGUUUUUCUGUUAAUGUCAGUUGUUAACAAAGAGAAUUGGUAUAAUCUGUCUAAAUUUCUUCUCUAUCAUCCUGUAUAAUCUAAUCUGCAGUCAUCUUUAAUUUUAAGUAGCAUUUGUUUCACAUAACACAUACGUCACCAAGCCUUUCCUGCUUAGAUUAAAUGUAAGCAAAGCGUUAUAAUUGUAUUGGAACAUAUACCUUUUUGAAAACGCUGAUCUGGAUGGAUUGAGUUUCACUUUGUAAUCAAGGUUAAAUACAGUUAACCCAGGAUGAUGAGUCACUCAUUCAUACCUGAAACACCUCAGUCAUCCUUCAUCAUAGGGUGUGUUUGUCAGAGGGGAAGGUGUAACCGGUGUUUUAGUUUGAAUCGCCUGCAAUUUCAAUGUUCAAAGUAAUAAAUAAAUAAAAAUGGUACAACUCCAGA